AGUACUCCGCGUUACAUCGUAUAGCGGAGUACUUUUGUCCUGACGGACAUGAGAAAACAAACCGGUUUUGCGAGUUUGUUUUGUGUAUUGCUAUUUAUAGAAAUAAAUAGCGAUAGAAAUCAGUUCUAGCGAAGGCGUCAACGUGGCAAGAUCGUGCACCGAAAAUGGAGGAACAUAUACACCUGAUCAGCGAAAUAGUCGAUGAAAAGUUGAAAUCUUCUUUAACUGAACAUAAGAAUGCAAUGCUUCAUGACCUGGAACGCAUUGUAGAAAAGAUAAGUUCAAAAACUAAUGUUACUCAGUUAACUCAAAUUUCGAACAUUGUAUCAGGUAUACCAUCUUUUAAACGAAAAUCAAGUGAAGAGCAAUUUAAGCAUAAUGCGAAAGUAAAUUUGGCAUUAGAGGAAGUAGAAAGUUCGUUGUCGAAUAGAAAUAUUGAAGAAACGCGAAACAAAAUCGCGGAAGUCAAAGCUAUGGUGGCUCACCGACAGAAGCUAAUACGUUUAGCUGACGAAUCAGAGUUGGGGUGGAGGUUCGUAAGCGAAUACGAGUCCAACCCGCUGGCAUCUGACUCCGAAGACGAAAAGAGGAUGUACAGGGCAGAGGCGCGGGCAAACAAAAAGUUAAAAGCGGAAAAAUCGAAAAAAUCACGAGGCGCGCGCAACGGGCCGUACCGGAAGCCGAUGGUUGCACAAAACAAUGCAACCCAGGGGAUGUCGAUGAGACAGCCGUUGAGACGCCCAGGGCUGUGUUUCGCUUGUGGCAAGCCGGGGCAUUGGAAAGGGGCAGCUGAAUGUCCAGCAAGCAGCUCUAACAAUAAGAUAAGUAGUUUUAUGUUUGGGACACCGCUAUCCAUAAAAUGGGUAGUUCCUAUUCCGUCGGAAAAAGGUAUCGUACUUAAACAUGUAAACACAGAAAUUGAUCUAAAGGAUCCUAUUAAAGAGAUUGAUACCGGAAGUUCUCCGGUUAGUAGACUGAAGGCACACGUGGCCAAGUGGCAAGAGGCUACUGAUAGUAAGUAUAUUUUAGAUGUAGUAAGUGGUGGGUACAAGAUUCCAUUAAUAACUGUACCCAAACAUUCUCAGAUGAAAAAUAAUUACUCAGCGAGAGUAAAUUCCGUAUUUGUAGAAAGCGAAAUAAAAGCUUUAUUAGACAAAGGUAUUGUUUCAAGAUGUAACGAGAUUCCACAUAUUGUUAAUCCGCUAACAGUAGCAUUUAAUAAGAAAGGGAAGCCACGAUUAGUUCUAGAUUGUAGGUAUAUUAAUCCACACUUGCACCAGUUUAAAGUAAAAUUUGAAGACAUUAAAGUUGCUGAAACUUUGUUUGAGAAAAAUUCCUUUUUAUUUACUUUCGAUAUUAAAGGAGCAUAUCAUCACAUUGAUAUAUUCAUGGAACAUAGAAAAUAUUUAGGUUUUAGCUAUCAAGACAAUAGCAAACAGUGUUAUUAUGUGUUUAACUCGCUUCCAUUCGGCAUAAAAACAGCCGGUCAUAUAUUUACUAAACUGCUUAGAGUUGUAGUAGCAUUACUUAGAUCAAAAGGACUUAAAAUAGUUAUGUUUUUGGAUGAUGGUAUUGGCGGAAAUGUAGUAUAUGAGAGAGCAUUGUGUGCCAGUGAAUUUACGAGAAAUACCCUGGUAGAUUUUGGCUUUUUAUUAGCCGAAUUGGAUUCCUUCUCAGAGAGUAGAAUGGCUAGGGCAUGUGCUCGAUAUGCAUACAAAUCGGUUGUUCAUUACUGA